AGAGAGCUUACCCUUCCAGAUAUAGAAGCACCACCGCGCCCAUUCUCAGCUGGUCUUCACUACUCGGUGGAGUAGUAGCUAGCUGGAGUAGCUAGCUAGCAACCACUGUCGCUAGAGCUAGUUCUAGUUGGUAGCAACAGUAUAUACGUCCGGAUUUGGAUAUGGAGGAAGCGAAGAGAAAGGCGCCGCGGGUGUUCGGGCACGCGCAAGCUGCGGCGGAGUUGUCGCUGUCUUUGGCGCCGGCGGGGAGCAUCGUCCAAGCGGCAGCGGCGGCUGUUGGCGCCCCGACGGCGGCGCGCGUGGGCGGCGGCGAGGAGCGGCGGCGGCUGUUCCAGUGCCUGUUCUGCGACAGGACGUUCCUCAAGUCGCAGGCGCUGGGCGGCCACCAGAACGCGCACCGCUGGAAAGACCGCGCCGGGGGCCGGUUCAGGGACCCCUACGGCGAAGAAGAAGAGCCUGGGUACUAUUGCCACGGCCAUCAUGAGCAGCCUGGCUUCGUCCACGACACUUCCACGCCUCGAGGCCUCGAGGUAAUGGGCGGUGGACAUGCAGAUGUUGAGCGAAGCUGGCCGAGGGCCUCCGGCGACGGGGGCGAGAAGCUGGACCUCCAGCUUCGUCUCUAACUAGCUAGCUAGUCUGGUUUUCUGUUAUGCCAUUUCUGUUGUUAAUCGCUGUGUGUUGCUAGCUAGCUACUACUACGUAGUCCUCCUGUAAAUACGAACCGGGGAAUGUCUAGCUAUGCCUAUCUAUGUGAUUCUAUGUACGUCAUGCCAGUGAAUUAGCAAUAAAUAAUUUGCUCGUGGCUUGUAAUA